UUCAUGAAUGAAAAAUUAAAUUACUUUUCGAUCUAACCGCGUUGUUGCAUGAUUCGGCGUUAAGAGUUUAGAUUUUUCGCUACUUUGGUAAUAAUCAACGUUAGUCGAGUACUUGAUUCGUUACUGCAAACAUGUCGAAAGUAGCUGAGUUUAUUAAAGUGCUGUACGACGCGACCGCCAAGUCGAACACGUUCGGUCGUCUGCUAAAAAAUGUACAACUCAUAUCAGCUGAAAAUGGAAAGUGCAAAGCUGAAUUUGAAGUUGCAGAGGAACACUUGAACUAUGCAGGUACACUGCACGGCGGUUGCACAAGUACUCUUGUUGACUGUAUUUCCACUUAUGCUCUUAUGAGUUACAAAGAUAAAGGGCUUCCUGGAGUAUCCGUGGAUUUGCAUGUUACAUUCUUGAAAGCGGCAUUUCCUGGAGACGUGAUUUUAAUCGAUGCCAAGACUAUAAAAGCCGGCAGGACUAUGGCUUUUCUCGAGGUAGAGCUUACCAAAAAAAAGGACGGCGCUAUCGUAGCUAGAGGGAUUCAUACAAAGUUUAUUGGUGGAAAAUGAGUUGUUGCUUGUUUUUGAA